ACGGCGAGGUGCGCUUCGCCCUGUUCUCGGUGUCGCGAGCGAUUCGUCGUAUCCCGUCGUCGUCGUUGCCGUCGCUGACGUUGGGUCCCUACGUCGUUUGUCGCGCGCGUUGUCCCCGCCUCGUGUCUCACACGAGCCGCCUCUCGUCCUCAGGAUGCCGUUCAUAUCCAAGGACUGGCGCAGCCCAGGCGAGGAAUGGGUGAAGACAGUCGAGGGUUGGGAGAAGAAGAAGAUCCUUGAAUGCGCCAACAACAAAACUCUCUCGCUACUCCUGCGCGGCGAGAAAGACGCCGGCGAUAAAAAGGAGAAGGACAAAAAGAAAGAGAACGCCGUCCAACCGCAUUGUCAUAUCACGCUGAAGUGUACACGCGAGAUAGCUGGUUUUAAUGGCCUGAGCGACGCUCUCAAGAGGUUGGAUUUCCUGUCGGCGGUGCACGACUGCCGGCGAUUCAACUACAUCGUCCGUCUACUGGACCUACUGGUCAGUCACAGAAUGGGCGGCCUCAGCGGAUGCGCUCAGAGAGUGCUCUUUAACAUGCUCGAGGAAGUUGCUCUGGAAGUGUCACUGUCGCAACAACAGACCGGAAAACUACGACGCCUCAUAGAGCGAGUUCGAGCCUUCAGCGCCGGUUGUUGCUGGGGCGGCAGGCCCUUGGGUUCCGUCAUUCUGUGGGAGAAGCACAAAGCGGCUCUGGAAAGAAUUUUGCAGAUUGCCUCGUCCAUUACUAUUACUCAACCGGAUGAAGAACAGCAGCCUCAAUGGUCGGAUCUGCCGCCUGAAUGCCGUCGAGAAGUUCUUCUGCGUUUAAGCGAUCCACGAGACAUCGAAGCCUCGUCCGAGGCAUGCGAGCAUCUCGCUGCUCUGGCGCAAGAACAGAGAAUAUGGCGCGAGCUCGCUCAGUAUCAUUUCACGCCACAGCAGAUCGCUACCACGAGACAGAACAAUCCUGGAAAAGACUGGAAAACUAUAUUCACUAUCGCGCGAAGAUCGUUCGGAUUACGAGAGGAAUACGCCGAAAUGAUACAGCUUUGCCGUAAUUGCCGUUGCUUGUUCUGGCGGUCGCUCGGACAUCCGUGUAUCGCGGAUCAAGAUCCGGCGUUUCAAGAGAAACUGGCGGACGUCGAUCAGUCGUCUCUCCACGUGCCGAUCCCUCCACAGACCUUCCUGAAGUUCUUCUCGCUGUGAAAGCUCUCGCGCGAAGCAACUAUCAUAUAAGCGCGGAAAAAAAUGCGUGACAAAUGUGUGUGCAAUAAAAAGCAGUCACUCAAUUAUGAGAUUUACAGGAAAAAGUGGGUCAAAUCCGGAGAUGAAUUCAUUUCAUAAAGUGUGGAUUUGAAAUUUUAAUUUAUUGUCGCAAAUUUUAUAUAUGGCUUUUUGUAGACCUUUUGUUAAAAAAAAACAUG